GAACUUUACACAUUUUGGACAGUUUUCCAGCCGGUUGCUUUCAAGUGGUGCACAGGAGUUACCGGCGCUUACCGGAUGUUGACAGAUUCACACGCGUUGCUGCUCAGAAUUAAAGGCGAUUUCUUCUCGAUGUAGCUUUUAACCUUAGUCACUAGAACUAAACUUGAUAUUGUUACAUCAGGAUGUCGGCGUCGUUGAUCAGGAGAGGACUGCAGCUGCUGAACGAUGAUAUCAAAGAUGUCCAAAAGGUCCAAAAGAAGAAGCAGCAGACCCCCAGCUCGGCCAAGGUAAUGGAGCUGGUGAGCACAAACCGGCAGGGAGUCACCAAGCAGGUGAAGCGGCUGCAGGGUCGCCUGGGUCCCGGCAAGAGCAAAGCUACAGUCAAAGACAAGAGAAUCAAGUCUGCAGUGGAGGAGUUCAGGAAGAAGCAGGGGAAGAGUCACAUGAGCGAUAACCUCAAGUACUUCAUGGGAACAAGCUACAAAGCAACAGAUUCUGACACAUCGAAGAUCCUGAGCCACAGUUCGGGGAGACAGUCUCGGAAUCGGCCAGAGAAACCCGCCAAGAAGGCCAAGGAGUCGCAGUCUUUGUUCACAGAGGAGGAGUUCCAGCAGUUCCAGAAGGAAUACUUUGGCAGGACUGUUGAGGGCAAGAAAUAAAGCGCUGCAAAAGAAAACACACAAAGAUCCUUAGCCACAGUGGAAACAGCAGGGCUCAGUUUUGUGGAUCAAAGUGGUUUUCUGGACCAGAUAAUGUUCUGGAAGUUCCAUUUCACGUGUCUACAAUGGAGCAAGAGGAUAAAUGUUUUGCGUUUUGUGUUAUGACUGCAGACCCAUACAGAGGACAUGAGCUCUACACCGGAUUCCCUGCCAAGACUCUCAAUCCAAA